AGGCUGUUCAGGGAACGCUGUUCAUUUUUGUGUGCAGUAUUUAGUAGUAUAUACAGUCUGAGCUAACUGCACAAAAGCUGACGACGGGGACAAAGAAAUAAAACAAGUCAAGGAAGAAGGCAAACACUGAUAAAAAAUUGGUAAAGAAAGUAAGAUAAAGCAUGGCACGCAAGAAGGGGAAAAAGGAGAAAAAGAACGACAAGAAAAAGAAGAUAUCGAUGAAACAGAAAUUGGAAGCCAUUAAAAAAGAAUCUGAUAAAAAAGCGACGCUUAGAGAAAAGAGGAAAAUAGCGAAAGGAGAAGCAUACUACAAUGUGCAUGAGAGAGCUGCACGAAAUACGGCAAAAAAUUUGAUGGAAGUAGAAGAAAAUAAGGACAAGAAAGAGAGAAAGAAGGAGAGAACUAAGAAGAAGAGAGAUGAGGCUAAUGAGGACAUGGAGGUGGACGAGAAAAAGGGAGAAGAGACUGAGAAACAGACUGUAGAAGUACUGAAGAAGAGGGAGAAAACGCUGAAAAAUAACACGGAAAAAGAGAACGAAGAAGAGGCUCAGGAGAAAAAAGAUGAGACCGAGCAGAAUGUGGAAGACAAAAGGAAAGAAACUAUCGAGAAAAAUAUAAAUAAAAAACAGAAAAAGACGACAGAAAAUAACGAAAAGAAAGAAGACCACGUGGAUGAAGCGAAAGAAGAAAUGAAUUCAACAGAGAAGAAUUACACGAAAAAGCUUGCAAAGAAUGCGAACAAGAUGAAGAAGAAGGGAAAGAAGACCGAGAAGAAUGUGGAUAGCGCAGAAAAUAGUUGGGAGAAAACGGAUCAAAAUGAGAAGGACAAAGACUCUGAAGCGACGGAGAAUAUGGAGAAGAAAAAUGAAAAGCCGAAUACUGUAAUUAACGAAGUCGAUGAGAACAGCGAGGAGAAGGAAGGAAAGAUAGAGAACGAGAAAGAAGAGAACAAUAAGUUGAAGGAGGAUGAGACUGUUAAAUUAGAAGACAGAAAGGAUGAGGACGGAAACGCAGUGACAAAGAAGCAGGAGGCGAAUGAGAAUCAUGAAGAGAAAACAAAAAGAAUGAAUUUAGACACAAGGAAAACAGAUCAAAUGAAGGUAGAAAAGGAGAGUAAGAAUGAGAAAAAUGAAGUAAGUAAAAAUAAGGAAUGGAGGAAUGAAGUAAAGGAGGAGGAAAAUAUAACAGAAGAUAUUGCCAAGAUAUUUAACAGCGACAGCGAGGAAGAGAUUGAAAUAAAUGAAGAGAAAAAGGAAGAGCAACAGCAUGAAAAAGAUCCCGGAAGUGAUAGAGUGCAAGAAGUUGAGGAGAAGGGAGAGAAUGAGAAAGAAGAAGUGAAAGAAAAUGAAUCAAAUGAGAAGGAAGAAGAGAAGGAGAAUGAGAUGACCGAAGAAGAGGAAGAGGCCCUCGAGGAGAUUGAGAAAAGUGAGGAGAAGGAGACGAGCGAUGAUCGUGAGUCGACCGAGAAGAGUGAGAAGGAAGGUUACGGAGAAGACAGCCGGAUUGUUGGUGAAGAGAGAAUUGAAGAUAAUGAGCACGAAGAAGAGAUUGAGAAAGGAAGAACUGAGAAAAACGACCACGAAAAGUUAAGGAAGAAAAACAAGAAGAAGGAGCUUGAAAUAAUAAUCCGAAUUAGUGUUACGGAUUUGAACGAUCAAAUGAAACCUGAGGAACAAAGAGAAACAGAAAACCAGGAAGAUCAGAAAGAUCAGAAAGACCAGGAUGACAAGGAAGACCAGGAAGAAAAAAACGAAGAAGAAGAAUUGGGGAGAAUCUUGACGAAAAUUAUAAAGCGAUACAGCGAGAAAAAAGGAUGAGAUGUCGCCGGAGGAGGAUGUCGAGGAGAUGGAGGAGAUGAAAGAAGAGCAAGGGAAGAAGGGAAGAAGAAAGUGAAUGGAGGAGCGGGUGGCGAUUUAUUCACCUCGAUCAGGGCAAAGCUUAGUUGCCGUUGUCGUCCUUGGUUGUCAAUAAUCAAAGUUGACCAACUUUUUAUAAUUAUUACCAUGCAUCCUCGCUUGUCUUUAAUCAUGAUUCAUAAUGUCUUUAUUAUAGUUGCUCAGUUUAUUAUAGUUUUUGAUGAUCUAAAUACAAUGAGAUGAUUUUCAAAACAUGGAGACUGAUUGAGUUUGAGAAUAAUGUUUUGCUUGCAACCGUAUUUACACAGAUUUAUAUAAUUUUAGAGUUAAGGUGCCGAUUUUAUCAAACCAUUGGGAAAUUUCGAUGAAAUUGAACUUUUAAAUUUAUUAAAGCGAGGAAAAGGAUGUUUGCUAUUAAGAUAUGGCGAAUUUAACAGGGGUUGUUUUGAAUCCUUGCUUAGUGAGAUGGACAUAACAACGCAGCAAGAAUCUGAAAGGAUAUUGUUAUUAAGAUAAAUAUUUAUUAAGAUAAAUAAAUAUGUAGCAUAAGAAAUAAAUUAUUAUUAAGGUAAAUAAAUGAUUAUGAAAUGCAAUGUUUGAGUUUAUCCAGUUUCUAGAAUUUAUCCGGUGCUCUGUCAGACCCAACAACUAGAGUGCAAUAUUGCGCCCAAUAAUUAAUAUAUUUGAAAAGAAAAUGUCAAACCGUACGUGCUAUUGAC